AUGAAGCUUCCGGAAAAUGCCAGUGUUGUAGUUACCGGACGGGAACACUUUAUGAAUGGUCCUCUUCCAGCGAUACUUCAAGAAGCCUUUGGGAAGGUUAUCAACAACAAAGUUUGCAAUCAUCCACAUUCAUUAUCUGGUCUGGUUACCAACAAAAUGCUAUGUGCUGUGUUUAAAUCAGGAAAAGCUGAUGCCUGUCAGAUGAGUCCUAAAUUAACCCCAACUAUGGUUCCUCAGUUAACUACUGGUGUGACAUCUCCAUUUGUACCAGUCACAGCUUCCCGUCCAUCUUUGCCACUAUGGAUGAUUGCACUGAUUGUGUUCGGAGUGUUGGCAAUCCUGGGAAUAAAUGGUCUCCUGGUUCAUUUUCUGGCAGUAGAAAACACGACUUACUAUUAUCAAGGUAGCUUUGAAGUGCUGGAUAUCCCAUACAACAGAAAUUAUCAAAGAGAGACAUCACCAGAAAAUAACUAUCUUAGCAAAAUUCUUGAGACUAAGAUGGUUGAUGCAUUUCAAAGUUCUAGCAUUUACAGACAAUAUAUCAAUUCUCAAGUCAUCACACUGGUUCCUCAUAACAACAGUCUAACUGCACAUAUAUGGCUGAUAUUCAAGGCUCCCAGAUCAAUGAAGGAAAACACCAGAAGAAGAAUUGAAAGUGUCUUACGUCAGAUGCUGAGAAACCACGCAGGCUCUCUGACUACAGAUCCUAAUUCUCUUAGGCUUAAGGAAAUCAGUAAGGUUGAUGCUGAAAAGAUUAUCAACAACCGCUGUGGGACACGAGCAAGGAUGUCAGCUACGUAUGAUAGAAUCAAAGGAGGUUCCAAUGCUCAGAAGGGAGAAUGGCCUUGGCAAGCAACUCUCAAAAAGAAUGGCCGACACUACUGCGGGGCAUCUUUGAUCAGUGAAAGACACCUGGUGACUGCAGCUCACUGCUUUCAAAAGACAAACAAUCCAAAAAACUAUACUGUCAGCUUUGGCACCAGAGUAAAUCCCCCCUAUAUGCAACAUCAUAUUCAACAAAUUAUAGUUCAUGAAGACUACAUCCCGGGUGAACAUCAUGAUGAUAUUGCAAUUAUACAGCUCACCGAAAAAGUCUUAUUCAAGAAUGAUGUACAUCGAGUUUGUCUUCCUGAAGCCACACAGGUUUUUCCACCAGGUGAAGGAGUUGUUGUUACAGGAUGGGGAGCACUUUCAUAUAAUGGUAAAUACCCAGAGGUACUUCAGAAAGCAUCUGUGAAGAUUAUUGACACAAAUACCUGUAAUGCUCAGGAAGGAUAUUAUGGUAUGGUAUUAGACACAAUGCUAUGCGCUGGGUACUUGGAAGGAAAUAUCGAUGCCUGCCAGGGUGAUUCUGGAGGACCACUAGUUCAUCCUAAUUCUCGAAAUAUUUGGUACCUUGUUGGAAUAGUGAGCUGGGGAGAAGAAUGUGGUAAAAUCAAUAAGCCAGGUGUCUACAUGCGAGUGACUGCCUACCGCAACUGGAUCGCCUCCAAGACUGGUAUCUAA